UCACUAUUCAGACAACAACUGAUGACUGGUAGCAGGACGAACUUGCUGCAGCAAAAUGAUGGCGUUACAACUUCAGCCACUUCUACAUCGGCGUUAACAAUGCAACAACAACAGAGACGAUCGGUAUCGACUUGGGGAAUAAGGUUCCUGCUUGGAUUCUCUGUGGUCGGAUUCAUGUUCUUCAUGCGCAGAUGGACGCCGCGCCAGGUCAGCCGCAUUAUUAAGACAUUCCAGACACGCGAGCACUUUGAACACUACCUACCCGAGGUCUACAAGAUGUCUUUUGACCGCUCGGUUGAGCGCAUGUACUUGACAUCGUUCUUGGCGUCGGCGCCAGUCGGCCCGCUAUGUGUGGUCGGUCCCGACGGCGCUGGCAAGUCUCAUAUUGUCAAGCAGGUCAUAUCAAAUCGUACGAUGAAUGUCCUAGUGGACAUGCGUCAAAACGCUGUCAUAAGUGGUGAUGAGCUACUACUCUCAUUCGUGCGCAGACUUGGCUACCUCUUGCCCUCUGACGACAUGAUCUCGUCACUCUUUCUCAAAGGUGACAAGAAACAAUCGAUCAAUGUCAAGGAGAUCAUACAAGGAUUGGACACUAUAUAUCUGUCAUUGAUCAAGAUCAAGGAUAAGUACAAAGAGGUCCCACUUAUUGUGAUCACCAACAUUGAGGCAUUGCCAACAUCAGACAAUUUUACCAGAUUCCUGGACUGGUGUAUAUCAGUCACCGACAACAAAUUGGCCAACAUAGUCUUCCUCACCUCUUCCCAAUUCGUCCACUUCCAUCUUGAUGCUAAGGAGUCGGAUAUAAGAGAGUAUCUACAUACUGUAACUGUGAGCAAAUCACAUGUGGACAUGAGGAUUGGAAGUGCGCCACACAUCGACCAUGCCCAUGCACAUGCACACGCCACACAGUCCAAUACCCAAUCACAAUCACAUUCACGUGCACUGGACACCUUGAUCAACGAGAAGGAACGCCUGGCAUUCACGCAGGCGGACAUCGACAUGAUCAUGCACUACUUUGGCGGGCAGAUGCGUGACAUUGACUCACUUGUUGGCCUCGUGCAGAAGGGUGAGCCGCUGGGAAAGGUCAUCGAGAUGUUCCUCUCCGAGACGACACAGAAGCUGGGCUCAAUGAUCGAUGCCAUGUUCCAAAAGGCGAAUGGUGCCAGCUCCGACAGCGACAAGACGGCCAUCUUUGAGCGAUAUCUGCGCCACUUCAAGAUGCUCGAGACACUGCUCGAGCGACCGUACAUCCCCGUCACGGAAUUGAUUGAGCGGGUGUUCCAUGAGCAGCCUGAGGAGCUGGAGGAGUACUUCAAGAUCAACAUGGUCUACUUCUGGAUGCGACAGCAACACACUGGCAUGCAACUAUGCAGCACGGACAACACAUACGAGAUAUUCGUAAGCUUCUCUUCGCCGCGUGUCAGGCACGCCGUGGAGCGCAUCAUCAAGGAGCAUAGAUACGUGCUGCAGCGCCAGAGCAUUGAGAAGUUCUUCAAGAAGACCGAUUUGAAGGACGAUCGUAAGGAGCUGGAGGAGCAGAGACAGGAGCUACAAGAGGAGUAUGACAAAGUGUUCCAGCGUCUAGAGAAUCUGGUCGAGAACAGCAGCUCGUGGAUCAAGUUCAUGGGUGAGGAGAGAUUUGACGAGCGUAGGCGAUACUAUCUCCAAAAGGAAGAUGCCUGUCUCUCCAAGAUUGACCAAGUCACACAGAAAUUACUCAAGAUAGAGGAAGACCUGGACAAUCUGUAG